AUGCUCACGGUGUGGAGUAAGCGCACGAGGGAUAAAGACUACGUGAGACGAGUGCUGAUAAGUCGUCGCAGGCGAAAGGAUGCGGAUGCAUCGCCCUCGUUGACGUGGUUGGAGAGCGUGCGAGCGAAGAAGGAGUUGGAGACGAACGAACAGGAUCAGAUACACUUUAAGGAUGAAUUUAAGACGUUAUUCAACACGUAUUCGCCGAAAUGGACGGAAGACGCGUCGUUCAAUCGCGUGCAUUGGCUCAAUCGAGUGAUCGACGCGGCUUGGCCGAACAUUGACACCGGGGUGAGCAAGACGGUGAAGGAGAGUGUCGAGCCGAUUUUACGCGACAUGCUUCCCGAGAGCGUGACUUGGAUUGGUUUUGAGAAAUUUACACUCGGUCCGCGCGCACCGACGCUUUGUGGGAUUCGCUCGCACUCGUCUCACAUGGAGAAUUCCAUCUUGGACAUCGAGCUCACGUGGGCUUCGUCGUGCGAAAUCAUCGUCACGUUGUACGCGUUUGGGAUACGAUUUCCGGUGUCUUUACGCCAGCUUCAGCUGAAGUGCUUGGUGCAAGUGACUUUUGAUCCGUUGGUAGAUAUCAUUCCAUGUCUCGGUGCGAUCGAAGCUUGCUUGAUGGGUAUGCCUGAGAUUUUGGACUUUGGAUUGUUCCUUCCGGGCGGAAUCGAUCUCAUGGCGCUCCCCUUCAUGCACGGUUUCGUCAAGCGCACCGUGAAAUCGUCCAUCGAGAAGAUGCUCUUAUAUCCUUAUAAACUGCACAUACCCAUAAUGGAGGCCAGCGGUAUCGAGGAGUCUUCGACGGGGAUGAUGCGAAUUAGAUUCCUGAAGGGAAAUGCGUUCUACAAGCGACGCAACUAUAGCCGCCUCUCGCGCAAGAAAGGCAAGGCUUCUUCGCUGAUGCGAAACAUGCUCAAAUCGGACAAUUACUUUAUCAAGUAUUGGACUCGCGAGCAGCGCCAGCUGAGUACACCACCGCGUUUAGGAGACGCACCGAGCUGGGAUGGCGUCGAAGACUCGUUUGUGUUGUGCGAUCGAGAAACUCCCUUGACGUUCCGCCUCCUUAAACAGGGCGCCGAGCGUAUCUCCAACUAUGGCGAGGCAUCGAUCACGUGCGGAGAAAUCGCCGAUCGCGGGCCAGGUCCGAUUGUUCUCGAACUCCCUUUCAUCGAUCCAACGUACUACAAGAAAGAGUGCCCACUCGAGUAUUUCGCCGCCGCCGACGGCUACACGCACGAACAAAUCAUGACUCGCAGCAACGAAAUCACCGAGUGGCACAAAAAAAGCGAAGAAGAAGCGGAUGAGGCGCGCAUGAAAUACUUUUACCGAUGCAUCGAGGAACAGAACAAGACGAAAACACCUGGUGGGAAAAAGUUCAUGCACCCGACGAUGACAGUCGAGCUCGAGUACAUCGACACCGGCGCUCCGGAUGAAUUCGAUGAGGAUUACGAGCAAGGUUUGCUCACCGUCGAACUUCUCGAAGGUCGCAAUUUGCUUCGUGUCAAGGACUUGCCGCCGAAUCCCAUGGCUCACGUGUCUUGUGCAAAGCAAACGUACACGAGUGCGCGCAAAUUGAAGACUUCGCAGCCCAAGUUCAACGAACGUUUCGUCUUUUACAACGUCAUUCCAGACGUCGACCCGCUCAGAAUCGAAAUCAGAGGUUUUGAAGUCUCGCUCGGCUUUGUGGAGAUCGACGUCUCACUCGUCCGCCAAAACGUCAUAAUGAAGGACGUUUUCAAGCUUCAAGGCGUAGCCAAGGGUGAGAUCGAACUUUUGCUCCAGUACGCUCCGAUGUCCACGAAAAACGCGGUCCACCGCAUCCCGGUCUUGUAA